AUGACGAUGAAUUCAAACGAUACUGCGAACGAAAAUAAAAAGAUGACGAGCACGAAGAAAAGAAGAGUGUGCGCGUUACACGGCCGAGGCGGGAGCGCGAAUUCCUUCUCCAAUUUCCUCCAAAAGAUAGUCGAGGAAACGGAAGACACGGUAGAGUGGACGUUUUUAGACGGCCCGAUCGACGAAGGGAAAAUGCACAAGUUUACCGGGAACGCGAACGGGAAAGCGUUGGCGUGGUGGGUGUUGCCGGCGAACACGAGAACGUACUCGGCGGAAGUGUUGGACGGCAUCGAAAUGAGUUGCGAACGAGUGACACGAGAAGGGCCUUUUGAUUGUUUGAUUGGUUUUUCGCAAGGCGCGACGCUGAGCUCGGUGUUGUGCGCGAGGAAGUGCGGGUGCGACGAGGAGAGGAAACAAUUCGAGAGCGUGGUGUUAGUCUCUGGAGCGAGACCUGGGGUUGGAAAGGAGUGGGAGCGAGUGCAAAAAGAGGCGAGAUUUGGCGCGAAGAAGAGUUUGCACGUCAUCGGGGAAACCGACGCCAUCAAUCCGAAAGCGUUGGGGUUCGAGUUGGCGGAGUGUUUUGGAGGGGAGGAGUUUGGGAGCGAAAUCGUGACGCACGAGAGAGGGCACAUUGUUCCAAUAGACGAGGAGAGGAUCGUGAAGAAGAUCAUAGAGACGUUGACGGGUUCGUAG